AAAAAGACUAAUGAAAGUAUAGUACUCAACGUGGCGAUUUUCUCGCCAUCGCUUGGCCUACGGCAGUUAACCGAACACCAUCGUUUAGCUUCAGAGACUGGGCAUCCUGGAUCUUCUCCAUUGCCAGAUUGUCCAAUUCUCUACACUUCUAUGUAGGACGCAUUUACAGUACUUUAAAUUAAAGUUGAAUUCCUACCGAAUUUCUGCUAUGAAUUGAUGUAGAUAAGGGAAGUGAAAAUUUUUAGAUUCUUGAAACUCGAUUGUCCACCAAGGUUUUGGUGGAGACUCUCGGAGUUCAGUUACGAUGAUGAAGCUGAAUUCUUUCGGGCAGUGGGUUUUGAUGGGUAGGCGAUGGCUGAACCCGUUUCCAAGAGCCUGCAUGUUUUCUUCUGCCGUCAAACAAUGGGAAGGCGGCGUUUCAAUGGUUCAAGGUGCCUCCAGAGGCAUUGGCCUUGAAUUCGUUAGACAAUUGUUAGAGAAAAGUGACAAAGGACAUGUUCUGGCAACAUGCCGCAAUCCUAAGGGGGCAACUGGGCUUCUGGAGUUGAAGAAUAAGUUUGCUGACCGCCUGGAUAUUCAUCAGCUGGAUCUCACAAUUGAUAGAACAAUAGAGGAAGCAGCAAAGUCCGUGAAAGAUAAGUAUGGUCGUCUAAACCUCCUCAUAAAUGCUUCUGGUAUCCUCUCAAUACCCAAUGUUCUGCAGCCAGAAACCACAUUGAACAAACUUCAGAGGGAUUCCUUACUUCUCACCUAUGAGGUCAAUGCUGUUGGUCCUAUUUUGGUUGUCAAGCACAUGUGGCCACUGCUCAAGGUCGGAGGAGGUGCUGGAACCGACAGAGACCACGCAAUUGUAGCCAACAUAAGUGCUAGAGUGGGAUCAAUUGGAGAUAAUGGCCUAGGAGGGUGGCACUCGUAUCGGGCUUCUAAGGCUGGACUUAAUCAGUUGACGAAGACCGUGUCGGUGGAAUUUGCACGCAAGAAAGAUCCAAUUGUAUGUAUUCUGUUGCACCCGGGUACAGUAGAUACAGAUUUAUCUAGACCAUUUCAGAGCAAUGUUCCAGAAGGUAAACUCUUCACCAAAGAGUUUUCAGUCCAGAAGCUACUGAGCAUCAUCAUGAAUGCAAAGAGAUCUGACAAUGGCAAGUUUUUUGCCUGGGAUGGUCAAGAGAUUCAGUGGUGAUACAUGACACCACCGAAGUAUCUGCUUUAGAUUGUAGGAUGAACUCAUUGUAUUAGACUACUUUGUGCUUUUUGUGAGAGAAAUGUCUCUUGCCGUGGAUUUGAUUGACAAGCUUAUUGAAAUAAUCAAAAUUCUUAUUGCAUUA